UCUGUCAUCACGAUCAUUGAGUCUGACUAGUCUGAGUAUAUAAAACGUAGUUGUUAGUGUUUUUGUUUUUAUCUGCGAUCCGCGAAACACGAAUUAUGAUACAUAUUUGCUGAAUAACAGAAUAAAGUUAUUAUAAAGACAUGAAAUGGAACAUUUUGAAACAGACGAGCUGGACGAUAGUGAAGAAGACACAGUAACAGAUUAUUCUCAGAUGAAUACAGCAGCAAAUGAUGUAAAUAGUAUUGAUUCAACUGAUUUUGUGUUGAGAACAAUGCCAAGCACUACUCUAGUUCCUACAAUCAGCGUUACACCUCAUUUAGCAUCUGGAAAAAAUUAUCCAGUCCUUGAGGAAAAUAUUCAACAACUACAUGAAAUACAUGAGGUUAUACAACAAAUGCGUGAUUCUGCCACGUUAGGAUUGACACAUAUGAUACAUUUUUGUGGAAUGAAUAAUACAUUAAGUUCGUCAUGUCCUUCAUUAAGUAAACCUCAUUGCCAGUCUGAAUUAGAUACUUCCAGCCUAAACUCUUCUCCUACACAUACAGAUUUAUCUUCAACAUUUGACUCGAUUAGAAAACACAAAACUGGAUUUGUUAGACGUAAAAAAUGUUUUAACUGGUUUAAUAUGGCAAAAAAUUGUGCAGAUUCCAAAGAAAAUGAAAUUAUUCGGAGAAGAAGUUGGGCAGCAUUAGAUGACUUAACUAAAAAUCACAUGCAUAGCUUAAAAAUUGUAAAACGACAUAAGAGUGCAAGCUUAAGCAGUAUGGAAUCUGAGACAGAAGACCCAUUUACAGAUAGCACAGCAAAUUUAUUAAAUACUGACAGUACAUCAUUUCGUCACCAGAAGUCAAAUAAAAAUGUUAGUCCAAUUAGUCGCAGGUUUAGUGGAACUUCUACACACUCGCUUAAUGAAACUGAUUAUCAGAAUGGUUUUAACAAAAUAACAGCCAAACGAGCUGUUGAAACUUGUUUAUUACAAGCCAGACUUCCUUUACAAAAAUCUGUUUCCACACCUUCAAUUAUGGGUACACGUGACAUUUUAAAUAAAGAAAAUGUUUCAAAUAAUGACGUCAAUAGUAUUCCAAUUAAAUACAAAAAUCCUACCCACCAUAGAAGUCGUCCUAGUGGUACAGAAGACAGUGAGACUGAAGAAGAAACAUUGGAUGUAGAUAGUACAAUGAAACGUUGUUAUAUUACCCCUUCAUCUAAUAACACAAAUAUACCCUUCUACAAUUUGUUUUCUGAUAUGUCAGAWGAUCAAAAUGCUAAAAGAAGAAAAAGAGGAAGUUUGUUUUUUAGAAAGAAAAAAGAUAAAUCAAAGAAAAUAAUUCAUUCCUGGAUGUCUCCUCCAUACAGUAACUUUGAACAGUCAUGUGAUUGGUGUGCAAAACCUCUAGAAAAUAAACCAGCUUUAUCUUGUGAAAGUUGUUUGAUCACAGUUCACCAAAACUCAUGUAAAGAUCAAGUUUCUGAAUGUGUUAAACAAAAAUAUGGAAAGAGUAAUUUGAGAUUUUCAUCAUCCUCAUUUCAACAAAGGUUUUAUGGGAAACGCCAAAAUAAUACUAAUCAGUCUUCAUCGCCCAACAGCCAUUCGGAAGAUAAAGAUGAUGGUCAUAGUCAUUCGCAAGAUGGUGUAGUAUACUCGGAUGAAGUUUCCUUGGUUCAAUUUGAAUUUUUAAAUGAAAAUCAUAUAACAGCUCAUGAUUUAGAAACUGAUCCAGCAUUGGGAUUACACGAAGAACAACCUGAUUCAUGGACACCUACUGUUACCAAAGAAACUGUGAAAAGUUUGAAAGAUAAUAAUAAUGAAAUAAAACGCCAAGAACAUAUUUAUGAAUUUAUAUUAACAGAAAAACAUCAUUGCCUUACUUUAAAAGUCAUGCAGAAAAUAUUUGUUGAUGGUUUACAAAAGCAUUUCCAACUCGGCGAUAAAGUUUAUCGUAUGUUCCCUAGAUUAGCUGAGCUUACAGAAAUUCACAUUCGAUUUUUAGAAAAGUUAAAAGAAAAACAACGUUUAGCAGCUAUCUAUAAUAAUGGUAUUGUAGAUUCCAUCGCAGAUUUACUAUUAGAUCAAUUUUCAAAUAUAAAUGCUCAACGUUUAAAGAGCUCUUAUGGAGAAUUCUGCUCACGACAUAGGGAUGCAUUGGAUGUUUAUAAAGUUUUAGAAAAAGAUCCAGCUUUUUUUAAUUUUAUGAAACACUGUCAGGCCAAUCCCUUGUUGAAAAAAAAAGGUAUUCCUGAGUGUGUAUUGUUUGUCACUCAAAGAUUAACUAAGUAUCCAUUACUCAUUGAACCUCUUAUAAAAACUUCAAAAAAAAACAAAGUUGAAAGUGAAAAACUUUCUAGAGCAUUAGCUAUGGUUAAAGAGAUCUUGGUGGAAGUAGACUCUCAAGUAGCUGAAAAAGAAAAAGAAKAUAGAAAACUUGAAAUAUAUAAUCGGAUGGAAGCUAAGUCUUACACUAAUUUUAGAGGACGUAAAUUUAAAAAAUCUGAUUUAUUGUCUGAGAAUAGAAGACUGAGAUUUGAAGGGACAGCCUGGCUUAUGCAACGUCAUGCUAAAACACAAAUGGUAAUGGUUAAUGUAAUUGUUAUGACCGAUGUGCUAUUUUUUAUAGUUGAAAAUAAUCACAAGUAUAACUUUUUUAUGCCUGAAAGCAAUAAAGAAAAAGAAACUAAAGUUUUAAAACCAGUUGCUGGUGUAGUAUCAUUGCAAAAACUCUUAGUCAGGGUUAAAGCUGGAAAUGAUACUAAAGGUAUUUAUUUAAUAUCUUCUAAUACAGCCGAACCAGAAAUGUUUGAACUUAAAGUUCAUAAACCUAAAGACAUUCAAGUAUGGAUACAAUCUAUUCGUUCAGCUGUGAAUGAAUGUCCUGAAGAAGAAGACAAUGGACAUGUAACCUUCAGUUUUGAAGAAAGACAAAGGCAAUUGGAAACUAAGAAAAACAAUAUAAGAGACAUUGUUGGAAUAUUGAGGCAAAAAGAUGUGGAGCAAGCUCUGAUUUUAGAAGAAAAAAUGGGAUUACAGCUAAAGCUUUUAGCAUCUGCUGGAGUAGAAACAUUACCAAUUGAAACUCCAUCAUAUUCUCAUUUAGUUACAGAGCAUCAAGAUUCAGAAAAGAUACGUAAAGAAGUGAUGAAUGCUAUUCAGAAAGUCAAUGAACUUGCUUGUUCAUUGUAUGCUUCUGGUACCAAUUUGUCUCGUAGUGCAAGUUCUGUAGGUGAACAUCAAAGUGUAACAUAUGUUUCACCAACAUUACCUAAAAGAGCUGAAACAUUUGGCGGAUUUGAUAAUUCAUUAUCAUCACCAAAAAAUGCUCUAAGAAAAUUACCAAAAGUUUUGGAUAGUAAUGAAAAUAGUGUGGAAUCUAGUAAUUCUAGUCCGAUGGGUACUCCAAAUUCCACUCGUAAAGAUUCCAAAAUGAGAGAUAUCAAUCUUACCUGGAAAGAAAAUUGUAGUACUAGCUCAUCUCAAAGUGCCACUACAAUACAAUCAUCCAGCGAGUUCCCAACAUUAUUAGCACUGGGAAAAGAACAACAAGCUACUGCAAUGGAAUUAACACAUCAUAUUUAUACUUUAUCUUCCAUUAUUUCACAACAAAUGACUAAUAUUGAUAGUCUUCAAGCUGAGUUAGCUGCUUACAAGUCUCAGAAUCUCCUGGAAGACCCAACAGUAAACAGUUCAAACAUGAGUUCUACUUCCUGUUUAAAAGAUAAAAGGCCAGUUUAUAGGCAUAAUCAUCAAUUGGAGGAACUACGUAAUCUACAAGAUAAGUUAACACAUGAAAAAGAGUCUUGGAURAGAGAACGGGAUUCCGAGAUUAAGGAUUUGGAAGAAAAAAGAGAACAAUUGCUUAGAUUACAGGAACAAGUACGAUUAGAACAAACUGAUGUAACUCAGCAACGAGAGCAGCUUUACCUUAAAUUACAAAUGUUAACCAAUCAAGGUAUUAUUGUGUCACCUAAUAUGCAGCUACCACCUGUAUCACCAAAUCAACAGAUGCAAAAUCAAUCUCUCUCUGAUAGUGUAACUCAGCCAUUGUCUCAUUCAGAAUCUGUGCGUAGUAAAAGAACCGAUUCUCUGAAAUGGAAACAGCAUAAUACUCUACCUUCAGCCACUUCCUCGUCUACAUUACCUAUUAACUUGAUUAGUGCUACUAACCAACAAAAGGUAGCUUCCAAAGUUCAAAUAAAACAGAAAUUACCAUUUAAAUUAGCUACUAAAUUGGGUAACAAUAAUUCAAGUUCUACAUCUGAUACCAUACCCAGUACCAUAACUUCACCUUCUCAAUCAUCAAAUGCUUUUCAACAACUUUUACCAUUAAAGUUGUGUGAGAGUGCCAAAAACCCAAUGAACCCUAUUCAAGGCAGUUCUAUUGAAAUGCUAUCGCCAUCAAGUCAACUAGGCCCUAGUCAUUCACGUACAGGAUCUAGUCCAGCAAUGAUGCAAAGUGCUCAGAUAAUAGAAGGAAAACAAUCUGGUAAUAAACCUGGCAGAACAAACACAUAUCCAAAAUUGCCUGAAAAAUUUCGCAUUCGAAGUCCAGAGUCAAAACAGUCCAAAACACAGACUACACAAAAUAGUGGCAGCAUUAAUAACACCAAUGCUACCUCCACUACUGAAGAAGAAGUGAUAUUCUUCUGAUUGUAACAUUUUUCUAUAUCUUAAACAUUUUCAUUACUAGUGGAUCUCUUUGUUUAUAAUGAGUAAGACAAACUACUAUGGACAUUCUUGGACAAUAAUUUUAAUAAUCCUAAUAACAUUCUCCAGAUAUUAUCUACAUUUCCCAUUCCACUAUCUAACUUAUAAGUUUUUUAAAAUCCUAGAACAUCUCACAUUUUUUUCCCCACAAUAUAUAAUAUUCUAAUCAAUGGUA